AUGGUGGAUCUUACGGUCACAGACUGUGUUGCUCUAUCUGUUUACAUCUUCACCUUCCUCCUGGGCCUUCCUGCCAACCUGCUCGUCUUCUUCGUCUACAUCCGCAAGGCUCGCAAACAUGGCGCCACGCCCAACGUCGUCUAUGCCCUUAACCUCUGUGUGGCCAACCUGGCGUUCAUGGUCUGGCUGCCCGUAAAGAUAUUAGAGACACUGCUAAAGGACUGGAUGCUGCCGCCACCCAUGUGCCCAAUUUACAGCUUCUUCCUCUACCUCUCGAUCUACGUCAGCUGCCUCUUCAUCACCGCUGUCACAGUCGGGCGCUACCUCAGCAUCGCCUUCCCCAUCGUCUACAAGAGAUACCGCCGGGCACGACUGUCAUGCUACAUUUGCGCCUCCUUGUGGUUGUUGGUGACGGCACACCUUGGGAUUGGCCUGGUUGCUGAAGGCGAUGCUUAUUUUGUUGUAGUGGAGAAUGACGUCUCCGCCUGUUACGACCAUUUCAACGCGACACAGCUGAAGGUCCUGCUUCCUCUUCGCUUGGAGAUGGCUGUUGUCUUGUUUAUAUUCCCUCUAAUUGUGACUUCCUUUUGCACGCUGCGAUGCGUCCUUCUGGUUUGGCGCUCAAAUUUGCCUUGUUUGGGGAAGAGGAGAGUCCUGGCGGUGGCGCUGUCCACGCUGGCUGUGUUUGUGAUCUGCUAUGCUCCCUACAAUGCCUCGCACAUUGUAGGGUUUGUUCAGCAUAAAAGUGUUGAAUGGAGGACAAUAGCGAUGCUGACCAGCUCCUGCAAUGUUUUCCUUGAGCCAGUGGUGAUGCUGAUGCUCUCCCCGGUCGUGUCCAGGGGCAUCCUGGGAAGAAUGUGCGGUCAGCAGAGUGACUUCAGGUGGAGCGAUGGGUCUCGACAUCAAGGAAAGCCUAUAAGUGGGUUUACAAAUAUCAAGGCACGACCUACAAUGUCUAAGAAGAUGCAGACAGAGGGUGAGGAGACAAAGGAAAGCAAAGGAUGUAGUGGAGAACAAAAGAAGCCGACCAUCUUUCAUAUUCAGGUCUGA